AUGGAGGACGCCAUGAUUGUAGUUCUUAAGACGUCAAUUCCUUCUGUCCCUGCAUUAAUAUCCUUUGACCUGGUUCAGGUCACAGAGCUUCACUGGAGUGACAUUUCAUUGUUGGACUCAGUCAUCUAUUCAGAUUCUGAGAUGUACCUCCAGUACCAAGAGGAGAGACAAGGCCCUGCAGGAGUGUGUGCCCUUCAUUUGCUCAGCGUGAACUCUACCUCUGUCUCUGUGAGCUGGGACUGGGCGUUUGGAAACUUUGACUUCCACACAGUCUCUGUGGCCAACACCUCAGUCACGUGCACGUUCUCCAUACCCAAGGAGGAGCAGGAUGCCGUGGCUACAGGGCUGCAAGGCGACUGCAACUACAACGUGAGCGCUGAGCGGGUGUCUGUGUUCCAGGGUAACGUGGUGAAUCUAAUUCCGGGAACACAGCACACAGUAUUCGUCACAGCAAAGUCAUCCUCCAACAUCAGCCCUGCAGUCAGCCGCAUGAUCAGUACUCAGCAGAAGGUGCCCUCUGCUCCUUUUGGUGUACAAGGAGACCCAGUGGGUUCCAAUGGUAUUAUGCUGUCCUGGUACAUGUCAACGGACGCUGUUGAUAUUACUGACUACGUCAUCAGGUACAAGGAGGUGUGUCCUUACCCCGACUCCGCAUUCACACAGGUGUUGAAGUUCCUGGAUAUACCAGAGACCCUGCUGUCAGACUUCACUUCAGGGUCGACCUACCUAAUCCAGGUAGCAGCUGAAAACUCAGGAGGCAUCGGGGCAUUCAGCAAACCUAUAUAUACCAAAACCGCUGAGUCCCCUCCUGGACUCGUGACCAACUUGACAGCAUUCGCUCAGAAUCACACUUUUGUGGUGGUUACCUGGUUCUUGCCACACCGCAUCAAUGGACUCAUCACAAAGUUUGCCGUCAAAGCUAAACAUGCCCGUACAGGACAGACGGUCCGCAUGCUGGAGGUUAACGCAGAGGACAUCAUGUCUGUGGCGCUGCCUCACUGCAAUGAUGCAGCAGACAUCCUGUCACGUGCGACUCUCAGUCCACUUGAGAUAACAGCGUCGUCUCCCCCCAUCACCCUCUCUGCCGUGCCCCCUGCAGCCUCCUGGAGCGUGCCCAUAUCAGUGGGAGUUGAUCAGCUACGGCCUUUCACUGCCUACAUUUUUGAAGUAUCUGCAUUCACCUCAGAUGGAGAGGGACAAAUAGCUACCACGAUGGUCCGCAUGCCAGAAUCAGCUCCAGAAGACCCACCACAAAAUGUUUCAGUGUGGAAUAUGACAUCGAGGUCCAUAUUCAUGUCCUGGAACUCUCCCAGCAUUGUCACAGGAAAAUUCACCUAUGUACUCUAUCUUUACGGCCCCACAGGAUAUAUGUAUGAGAACAGCACAGCAGACAUGAGGUUUGUUUUUACUGGUCUGACCCCGUACACGAACUACACAGUCCUCAUUCGAGCCAAAGCUGCUGGAGAAGUGGGACCGGCUGCACAGAAUAUUGUUCUUACACCUGCUGAAGCACCCAGUGCAGUGCAGAACCUGCUGGCAGUGGCUGAAGAUUCGGUGUCUAUCCUCGUGAGCUGGAGAAGUCCUGCUGAGCCUAAUGGUCCAAUCACCCAGUACAGACUGCAGGUUCUGGUUGAUGACACUCUGCUGCAGGACAUCACCCUCACUACAGACCAAAACGAGACUACAACUGGUAGCUAUGAAAAUGGGACACUUUCUCCUGAUGCCCAUGAGAGCGGAGCGCGGCGUAAGAGAGCAGCUGAUGAUCUCAUCACAUCUCCACCGAUGUUCACCACCUCUGUUUCCAACCACAUCAGUGUGACUGCUUCCAGCAUCACCCAGUCUGGGCUCAGUGGUCCUCAACACAACACCAACACCCAGCUCACCCACAAUCCAACUGUUGGCUCCACACACACUCAGAAUCCAAGUACCAGUGACACGUCUGCUCAACAGACUGAUCCCAUUUCUGAUCCUGCAUCAUUUGGGACCUCUGCUUUCUCUCUCACCUCCACUCCACCUGCCACUCUCUCUCCUUGGCUCACAAAACGCACACAAACUGAAGAUUUCACAUCUGACUCUUCUUCUUCUUCAUUGCUGACCUCCAGCCAGACUCGCCAAGCUCCAUUUACAGGACACUUUUCAACACGCAGUACAACACUUACUGCUACUGCAGGUGUGACAGUGAAAGAGGAGGUGAUGGCUGUUUUCCCUGAGGAGGUGUCUUACUUGGUGUCAGAUCUGAAUCCCUUCACAGAGUACACAUUUAGGGUCACUGCUGCCACCACUGUGGGAGAAGGUCCAGCCACAAACACCACAGAAAAGACCAGAGAACAGGUUCCUAGCUCAGUACUGGACUUAGCCUAUCAAAACAUCAGCUCCACCUCCAUAUUUGUGAGUUGGGCCCCACCAGUCAACCCCAAUGGACGACUCACCCAUUACACUGUCUACGCCCUUCACCUGCAGAACAGUGAGGCCCUGCAGUGGGCUACCAAUACCACAAGCAUAUUGAUAACAGGUUUGAACAAAUAUACCAGUUAUAAGCUGCGUGUGACUGCAUCCACUGCUGUAGGAGAGAGCUCUCUGUCGGAUGAAGAUGACCUCUUUGUUUUUACCUUAGAAGACGAGCCCGACUCCCCACCGGUGAAUCUCACUGUGAUCGACACCAGCCCUUCCACAGUCACAAUAAGCUGGUCUCCACCCGAGAGAGCCAAUGGCGUGAUCCAACAGUACGAGGUCUUCUUUGAGAACCAGACCUAUUCAUCUUGGAUGAAUGUCUCCUCUGCCAGAGCCACGCUGAGGAACCUAAAGCCCUUCUCCUAUUACAACAUGUCUGUGAAGGCGUACACACGUUAUGGCCAUGGAAACCAAUCCUCACACACAUUAUACUUGCUAUCUGGAGAAGAUGUUCCAGGCAGUCCUCCAUAUGAUCUCGUCUAUGAGUCGGUCACUCCCAGUGAGGUCAGCGUGACGUGGCAGCCUCCUCUGGUACCCAAUGGCGUCAUUACUCACUACACUCUGGAUCUGUGGAACUCCACUCACCACCUGAACCUCACCUCUCCAACUAACUACAUCUUCAUCACUCAUCUGAAGAAGUAUGCCCGCUACCGCGUGAUGGUGCAGGCACACACACGUGUCGGCGCCAGCAACCACAGCAGCGAGCCCCUGAACAUCACCACUCUGGAGGAUGCUCCAGACACACCUCCUCAGUUCCUCCGUGCCAGGAAGUUGUCAGACUAUGAAGUAGAAUUGUCGUGGAAAUCACCACUUGAAGCCAAUUCAGACAUACUCUACUACAUCGUCAGAGUUUGGAAUGAAUCGACUGAGAGGUGGCAGAAUGUAACACAGACAUCAGUGAUUAUUAAUGUGGAUGCUGAGAGUCACUACAAUGCUUCGGUCUCCAGCUGGACCAGACUGGGAGAUGGUGGACUGUUAAUAUACAUCAGCUUCACUACCCUCGAUGCAGAGCCAUUUGACCCUCCUCAGAAUGUGACAUUUGCCAAUCUGACCACCUCCUCAGUCACCGUGCUGUGGUACCAGCCCACUCAGCCCAAUGGAAUCAUCGUUCACUACACUAUCUACUACUCUGACAACAUCACCGUGACCGAGAAGAGGGUUUUGAUGUCGACCUUACCCGACCGUGCCUCUCCUGAUUCAGCUUUCUCCUACACGUUAACCGGGCUGACAGGGGGCACAGCCUACUCCGUGUGGAUGACCUCCAGCACCAAACAGGGGGAUGGAGGGAUCAAGAGCGAGAAUCUAACCCUGAUUUUACCUGAAGAUGUGCCUAGUGACUCAGUCCACAAUCUGACAGCUCAGAUCUUCAGCUCCACGGCCUUUGUCGUCACAUGGGACCCUCCCCUAGAGCCAAACGGCCGACCUUUCUAUCUGCUCACCUUGACAGAAGCUGGCUCCCGCCAAAAUGUCUCUGACACCAGUCAAAUUGCUUCAGCUGUCAACAGGACCAUCAAAAGCAACACAACUGACAAUAUCUUCCUCUUCACCAAGCUCAAAAAAUAUUUCCCGUAUAUGUUCACUGUUACCCCAGCAACCAGUGCUGGUCCUGCGUACAACCAUACAAGCACCAUGCACCUGAGAACACUUGAAGACAUUCCUAGUUCUUCUCCAUUGCUGGUGUCCAUCAGGAACCUGUCAUCGUCCUCCAUCGCAGUGGUCUGGCAGCCCCCUCUAGAGGCCAACGGGGAGAUAACAGAGUAUACACUUACACUGUGGGGCCCCGGGGGCUCCAACAUAACCCACACUCCCAACACCUCAUUCAUCCUCACCAACCUGCUGCCAUACACACCUUACAAUCUCACUAUUACAGCUGCAACACACAAAGGCUCAGGGCCCUUUCUGCUGCUGCUACUACACACAGACGAAGGAGGGCCUAUGUCCCCGCCCCGUAAUCUGACCAUAUACAACCAUACCGCUGUCUCCGUCUGGCUGAGAUGGGAGCCUCCUCUGGAGCCCAAUGGAGUGUUGACUCACUAUGGCUUUCUGAUCCGAGAGCUCAUCACACAUACCGUCACACACCAGAAUUCUUCUGGUCCAUCGACCACGGCAUAUCUAUCCGGCUUCAGGCCUCACAGCUCCUAUGAGAUCAGUGUUUGCAGUUACACCAGAGUGGGGCAUGGUAACCAAUUCAGCAGCCCUGUGACCUUCACUACCAACGAGUCAGUGUCUGAUGCUGUAGGGAACCUAUCUUGCUCUGGAAUGAGCUGGGAUUCAAUUCACCUAUCCUGGAAACUUCCCUCCAACCCCAAUGGACAGAUUCAGUUUUACCAGAUUCUAGUGGAGUCAGACGUGCAGUCCUACGUACUUGAGGUCUUUAAGCCAGACUACACAGUCACAGGGCUGUCACCUGACCAGGAGUACAUGCUAAGUGUGACCCCAGUCAACUCUGCCGGACCUGGAGACAGCAGGAACUGUACCGUCUCUACUCUUGCUGAAUCAGUCCCAGAUGCCCCUCGCUUCCUCACCAUCUCUGAGGUCACACCUAACAGUGUGACACUUCACUGGGCUCCGCCACUCUCCAUUCCAGGCUUGCUGAAGCAGUAUCACAUCACCACAGAGCUGCUUUCAACUGUUUGUGAGCCAGACAUCCCCAGUGCUGCACAGCCGGUCCCAGACGUCCAACUCCCUUCAGACUGCGUGGACUCUAACUUUGUGGUGUUAGUGAAUGUUUCAGGUGGCUCUGAAGAGAAAUACAAUGCCACACUGCAAUCCCUGGCGAAAUAUAGAUUCUACCGCUUCAAAGUUGCUGGUGUGACCAACGCUGGAUUUGGGGAAUAUACACCAUGGAAUUAUACACGCACACUGCCUGGGAACCCUGACGCUGCUCCCCUUAACCUGAAUGUGACCCCGACCUCUGAUAGCCUUCUUAUUACUUGGAAUCCUCCAGCUGUGCUCUCUGGGCCCACUUCAUAUCUUAUAGAGGUCUCUUCAGGUGGAGUUUUGAUCCACUCAACAGUCCGUGCUCCGGAUGAGUUAAGGACUGUUGUCCUGGCUAACUUGACUGCAUUCACUCGUUACUCUGUAACAGUCACCGCCUUCACCGGUCCACUGGAGCAUGCGAUUAGGGAUGGGAAAGCAGUCGGGCCUCUUCACUUUGAAACCCUGGAGGAACAGCCCAGAGACCCACCCAAGAAGGUAACUGUGUCCAUUAUCCCAGAGGAGGUGACUCGUGUGUUAGUGACCUUCACCCCCCCAGAGGAACCAAAUGGAAACAUCACUUCUUAUUCCGCAAACAUCUACCAAAACGGCAACCUGCUUAUGACCAUCAGUCACCUUGAUGUCAUCCAAAAAGAGAACAACACAAUGACAGCCUUCAUAGAGGGCCUAAAAGGAGGACAAAACUACAGUAUGCGGAUUGUUGCAGUGAACAGAGUUGGUAGAAGUCCCCCAAGCAUGGAUGUCCAAAUAAUUACAGGAGUUAAAGCCCCGGCCAAGCCAACCCAAAGACCCCAGGCGGAGCUAGGCCGUGGAGGGGUUCCCAUGGUAACCCACAGGAGUAUCACCAUCCGCAUGCCUGCCUGUUUCUAUAGUGAUGACAAUGGGCCAGUUAGAAACAUUCAGGUCAUCGUGGCCGAGUCAGGGGUGAAGGACAGCAAGAACCUCACAACCUGGAAGAGUGCGUUUUUAGAUCGCCCGAACCCUUACCUGACUGAUGAGGGCUUCCCCAACCCACCUUGUUUGAGGGAUGGGACGUCACACGUGCACGAGUCUACCGGGGAUGGCCGCAGUGCAGAGGGAGGAGGGAAAUGGCUGCCAUUAAGAAACAAUAAUAGCAAAUCAGGAACAUAUGUGAUUGGAGAGAAUGACGACUGUUUGAAGGAGAACAACACUGACAAAUACUGCAACGGGCCUCUGAAGCCAAACACUGUUUAUGUGUUUAAAUUCAGAGCCACCAACAUCCAGGGCCAAUACACAGACUCUGAGUACUCUGAUCACAUCAGAACCUCAGCGGAUUUCAUGUUGACCAGAGAGGAGCAGAUCAUUCUUGGUGUCCUCCUUUCGUUCUUCUUGGCUGUAUUGCUCAUCCUCAUCAUCUGUGUUUCAGUCAAGAUCCAUCAGCGAAAAAAAGAGGGAGGGACUUACUCCCCCAGAGAAGCAGAGAUCAUAGAGACCAAAUGCAAACUUGAUCAACUGAUUGCUGUGGCAGAUCUGGAGCUGAAAGAAGAGAAACUCAAACGGUAUUCUUCCUUUUUCUUUAGACGGAAAGAGAUAUAUGUCAUCCAGCUCCUGAGCUACAGGAAAUCACUCAAGCCAGUCAACAAGAAGUCUUUUCUACAACACGUAGAGGAGCUGUGUGCCAAUGACAAUGCCAAGUUUCAAGAAGAAUUUGGUGAGCUCCCAAAGCUGCUGCAGGAUCUGGCAACUUCAGAUGCUGACCUACCAUGGAACCGAACCAAGAACCGUUUCAUCAACAUCAAACCUUAUAAUAACAACCGAGUGAAGCUGCUGUCAGAACCGGGAACCAUGGGCUCUGAUUACAUCAACGCCAGCUUCAUCUCAGGCUAUCUAUGUCCCAAUGAGUUCAUAGCCACCCAGGGGCCUCUCCCUGGCACCGUGGCUGACUUCUGGAGGAUGAUAUGGGAGACAGGAACCCGCACCAUUGCCAUGCUCACGCAGUGUUAUGAGAAAGGCAGAAUUCGGUGUCACAAGUACUGGCCAGAGGACAAUAAACCAGUGACCGUGUUUGGUGACAUUAUCAUCACUAAAUUGUCAGAGGAAAUCUUUCCUGACUGGACUGUCCGAACACUGAAAGUAGAAAGGCACGGGAGCUACAUGGUGGUCCACCACUUAAAUUACACAUCGUGGCCUGAGCAUGGUGUCCCAGAGUCAAGCAGUACACUUAUCCAAUUUGUCAAAGCCGUCCGGGCUAAUCGGCAUGAAAACACGACUAUAGUGGUUCACUGCAGUGCUGGUGUGGGCAGGACUGGCGUGUUCAUCGCUCUUGAUCACCUCAUCCAGCACAUCAGAGAUCACGACUUUGUGGAUGUUUACGGCCUGGUGGCUGAGCUGCGCAGCGAGCGGAUGUGCAUGGUGCAGAAUUUGGCGCAGUAUAUGUUCCUGCACCAAAGUACUUUGGAUCUUUUGAACAGCAAAGGCAACAGCCAAUCCAUCUGGUUUGUCAGUUAUUCCGCACUGGAGAAGAUGGACUCACUGGAAGCUAUGGAAGGAGAUGUCGAGCUGGAGUGGGAAGAAACCACAAUGUAGAGUGAGAACUGUGACCAAGAAGGAGCGUAUAUUAAGGGUUAUGCAGUGACCCUGGUCUGCACCACCUCCACCACACAGGGGACGAGGAGACACAGAGGGCGCUCAGUGCAGUCUGAACUGAGCGCCUGGUCAGUCAGCUAAAAAUAAGUUGCUCCUCUUCAGCUCUCUUCUCUGAACAAUCCUCCCUUUAACAAACCUCUUAUCCCACUUGUUUCCAAAGACAGAGAAACAAAGGGAGACAAUAAUUUCAGAACAUACAGGAUAAUGUCAGAGCGUAUGAGACCGAUGUGAGCGCUCUCUCUGCAAGCCUGCAGCUACACUACUUUGCACAAAUUGAUUUCACUGUGUAUAUUAAUUGCUGUAUUUUGUUGAUAUAAUCUAUGUUUUUGUAACAUAAUUUAUUCAGCCAAAUUUUGGUGGGUUGAUGUUUUUUCAGCCUCUCUUUUUUGACUUUCUUUGGGGUGUUAUUUUUGUUUAUCCUUUCACAAGAGUGAUAUGAAAUAUUAAAAAUCACUUGUAUUUUUCUGGCUUGUGAACAGCAUUUUCUGUCUCUAGCAUCAAACGGAUUGGAAAAACCUGUUCCACUACUGAUCCUGUUUCCUCAUAGAGUUACUCGUGUCCAACUGUGUUAUGAAAAUAUUUCGCUCAAUUAUGGGAACACAGAUUUCUGUCUUGCAGACCUGGAUGAGUCAUUUGAUCUGAAUAGUUUUAUGUAGAUUUGUGGAUAUUAAUAGUCAGAGGGUGUCCUGGAGGCAGAAAUUCCAAUGUGCAAGCAUAAUUUAAAGGUGUCAUAUUGUGCAGAAUUGUUUUUUCCAGCAUAGGGCUUGUAUAGAGAAAAUGUAGAUGACUCACUGAAUUAAAAGAACACAAUGAUGAUGAAGUGAUUAGAUGGUGUUAACUUUGAUG